UCCCUGCAAAAUUUGAUAACAGUAUCAAAGAAAGCAAUGGCCUCCUCAUCGUUCACAUCUCUUCUUAUAGUAUUUUCCAUUAUGAGCUGCUCCACAUUCUACUCAAGCUCAGCGGCUAGGGACCUGGCACCCAAAACCAACACUGAGUUCAUGAAAACAUCUUGUAGUGCAACGACCUACCCUAAACUAUGUCUCACUUCCCUUGCAAGCCAAGCAACAGCAAUUCAAACAAGUCCGAAACUCAUGGCGAUUGCAGCCCUUAGUGUCACACUUUCCUCCGCUAAUUCAACCUCGACCAUGAUGUUGAGUCUCUCCCACAGCCACGGAAUGAAGCCUAGAGAAGUGGCUGCCAUGAGAGACUGCGUUGAAGAGUUGAGUGAUUCGGUGGACGAGCUUCAGAGGUCUAUUUCCGAGAUGGGUAACUUCAAGAGCUCGGAUUUUGAGAUGAUGAUAAGUGAUGUACAAACUUGGGUUAGCGCAGCCUUAACGGAUGAGAGCACCUGCACAGAUGGAUUUGCUGGAAAUGGUAUGAAUGGGAAUUUGAAGACUGCUGUGAGGGGGAAGAUUGUGAACGUUGCACAAUUGACUAGCAAUGCCUUGGCCUUAAUCAACAGAUACGCCUCAUUUCAUGGUUAAUUUCGAGCAGUUACCCUACAAGCAAGAUCGAGAUGAAAGUCUAUAUAAACUCUAUAUAUAUUUGUAAGAUAGUUUUUGUGGAAGCGUUUGAUUAAGUCGUCUACGAGU